AUGUACAAACGCGCCGAUCCUGAUUUGAUUGCCGAGGCAUUUUCUGGGCUGAUGGAACCAGAACAUGCAGCGCUUGAUGUUCGCAUGGCUACUGGGCCGGGUGGUUCAAGUCCGUCAUAUAACACAUCCAGUCCGGGCACUACCGGUUCUCCGUAUGGUUCGCAUCAUGUCGGACCUGGGGGCCGUUUCGGGAAUGCUGAAUCUCACUACAAUGGCGCUGCUCCGUAUACAUCUCCACCGGGAUCCUCGGCAUCCAGUGGGCCACCAUAUCGGGCACCGCAUUCACAACAGUACGACCAGAUUAGCUCGACUCAAGGUGGAGGAGGAGCAUAUGCCCCUUCGGUUGCGACAUUCUACCGUCCAGAUCAGAGCACAGCCAACUGGGGUGCAGGACCGAUCCAGCGUGAACCACCGAAGGAAUUCGUGCCUCGUCCACUGGCUCCAGAAAUGAGUGUGGAAAAGCCGAGGCCUCAGGAAUUGCCUUCAGUGAGCGAUACAGCCGCUCAGCGCUUCGGUUCGUUUGAUGUAACGCACGCUCUACCAGCUGAGGCUUUUCGUCGUGUGGACGAGCAUGCUGUGUCCAUAUCGCAACAGCAACAGGAUAACUUCAAUCAACUGAUCUGGCAAUUGAUCUACGCCAGAAAUAUCACAGACGAGUUGGAGAAGGUGCGUGUAAUCUUCCUGUGGUUAUGUACCAAAGAUUUGCAUAAAAUGAAUUUCGACAAUGUGAAACCUGACAGUCCGGAGGAGAUUCUAAUGGGUAUUCGCACAGGAAAAUCAACAUACGCACAAAUUUUCUACACACUAUGCAGGCAAGUUCCUCCUUGGCUAUCGCCUUUUGAUCCAUUAAACACGGUUUCUCUGAUCCAGUUGUGCUUGACACACGUUGAUGUUGAACACAGGUUAAAUCAGAUUGCCUAUCAUUAUCUCAACUCCAUUCGAUCAUCCACUUUUUUGUCUCAUGGUUUUAACUUGUUUAGGUACGCUGGUCUACAUUGCAAAUUGCUCAUAGGCUAUGCUAAAGGAGCAGAAUAUGCCCCGGGAAUGCACUUCUCUGGUCGUCAAGGUCAACACUCAUGGAAUGCAGUACUGGUGGAUAAAGUCUGGCGUCUGGUUGAUUGUCACUGGGCUGCUCGACGUCUUAUUGGUAAACGUCCGAGCCCCGAAAACGUUCGUUAUGGAUUGGAUAUGUUCUACUUCUUGGCCAAUCCCGGACAACUUAUCUAUACACAUUUCCCACAUGACUCUGAUUGGCAAUUGUUGCGCCAUCCUAUCUCGCUGAAAGAAUUCGAAAACCUGGCUCCUGUUAAAUCCGCUUUCUUCAAAUAUAAUCUGAAUUUGGUCACACACCGGAAUGCGGUCAUUGUGACCACAGAACCAGAAGUUCGUGUGGAAAUUUCGUUCCCGGCCGGAGCUGACCAGUACAUGUCAUUCACAUUUGGUCUUUCCAUUGACAACAAGGAAGGCAGUGAGGACUAUCGGGGUUUACCUUUGAGCCGAUAUGGUCGACAGGAAAUUUCAGUACGACAAAACAAAUCUAUAUUCUAUGUUCGACCACCUCGUCCGGGUGCGUAUAAACUGUUGAUCUAUGCGAAGCAUCAGGGUGCAUCCCAUCGCACGUCACAAUCCGAUAACGGACGGAUAACAGAUUACGGAAGCGAUACGAACUCGGAAAACAUGUACGGUGCAGUGUGUGAGUACCGAUUGGUGGCCAAUUUCGGUCCAAACACUUCACUUCCGCCCUAUCCACCCUGUCAAUCGUCCAGCUACGGUCCAAAUGAGCGAAAUGUGAACGGAGGUCGUGAGGCUAUUUUUGUCGUGUUUCUUCCCGAGGCGGGUGAAUACGGUCUGGAGAUCUACGCGAACAAUCCUCUUCGAGAUGGAAACUCAUUCUUUGUGGUCUGGCAGUACAUCAUCUUGUCUGAUAGUGAGUCUCCGGUUCGCGGUCUUCCGAAUGUUCCACCGGCCUAUUUGGGUCCCAUGCCCCGUUUCGAGUCGAUGGGCUUAUCCACUGCCAGCCAUCCAGAUCCGUUUGUACAGGCCAACACCGGAGAGUUGUGUAUCCAACUCAAUACGCGUCCGGACAUUCCACUCCGUAUUAUGGCCCAGUUAAUUCACGCCAGCAAUGACGUCUCAGAGGAUUGUUCGCAGCAGGUAUUGCAACAGAUGCGCGAUAAUCAAGUGUUUUUCCUCAUUCGAUUCCCACAUCCUGGUUUCUUCAAAUUCCAAAUCUACGCGUUACCUUUCUCCGAACCGGGUGAAUCAUUACCCGGAGUUUUCAACUAUCUCCUUGAGGCGACCCAAGUCCAUCGUGGUCGUAACGGUCAAGUGAUGCCUUUCCCACAACAAUUUGCUCAGUGGAAAGAAGGCUGCUAUUUGUACACACCUCUAGACGGCAUUCUUUCACCGGCUAGUUGUAGCACUCCCCAAUCGGACAUGAUCCCAUUUCGUGUGUCCGUGCCCCGAGCGCAUGCUGUCGCUGUGGUUGUCGGUGAUGAUUGGACACACUUGAGCAAAGUGCUCGAUCGAUGGGAUGGACAAGUCUCACUAAAACCACACUGGGGACGCGAACAUCAGCUAUCUCUGUGCGCGAACUAUGACGAUGGAGACGGCAACUACGGCACACUACUUGAAUUCACCUUAUCCUCGCGCUAG